CCUUAAUUCUUUUAAUUCCAGGUUGCAUAAUAAAUGAAACGUAACCAUCGAGAGACUGAUUUAAAAGUGCGAUGAAAAAUGAAUCGGAAAAAAUGAAAAUAUGGAAGUGAUCAAUAAAGAUAGUAGUGGAGGAGAAUAAAGAUAGGAGUGGAAGAUGAUAUAGAAGUUUGGAAAUAAAGAUCAAAGUGGAAAAUGAAAGUGAAAAGUGACAGAUAAAAGAUAAAAAGAUUGGAAGUGCAGCAAAUCGUCACCUCGACCGAGACGAGGGCAAAAAGGGGGCGUGUCCGAGGGGGGCGUGUCAGAAAAAGUGAAAGUGAAGAUAAAAUUAAGAAAAAGAAAGGACUAAAGAAAGUCGAGCGGUCGAAAGCGUUUGUUGCUAUGGAAAAUGCCUGUCACCUCCUCCUCCUCCUCCUUCUCCUCUUCCACCUCCUCCUCCUUCUCCUCCUCCUCUUCUCAUUCCGUCCUGCUCAUUCUUUAUUCUCCCUCCCCCAUUCUCCUCUGUCCAUUUCUCCUUCGUCGUACGUGUCUGCUGCCAUCGUCUACCAUGCCUUUCUAGAACCAGGAGGAUCCUUAUUAGAAGAAGAAGAAGGAGCAGCUGGAAGGAUGAUGAUGGUCUGGCAGAAGAAGGUUUAGCCGAAAGAAGAAAAAGAAGAAGAAGAAGACUAAGAAGUAGUAGUAGUAGCAGCAGCAGCAGUUCAGGGGGGAGCGCCGUUGUAAACCCUAAAAUCACCCAAGAUGGCCGCUGGUGGCUGAAGUCGCAGAGGGGGGAAGCUCUCAUCAGCUUUAACGGCCAACACGCGGCCCUUAACGCACGCACGCACGAACGCACGUACAUACGUGCAGAGACGUGCCUCCCCGCCGCCCGAAUACGCCUCCCCGACGAAGCCCCUCUCUCUCUCUCUCUCUCUUCUCUCUAUCUCACUCAGUCUUGGGUGGGUACCUAUACCUACCUACCGCCCUAGGUAUAGCUGUACCUUCUCCUCGUGGGUCCCUCUCUCUCUCUCUCUCUCUCUCUCUCUCUCCUCUCUCUUCGGUGUUUUGGCAGCAGCAGCAGCGUGGCAGACGUGUGUGUGUGUGUGUGUGUGUUGUUUUGUUUACCCACGCGCGUGCGCGCGGACAACAAAUGUGCGCAUUUUCUCCCAGCUGAGGCUGAAGAAACGUUUUCGACGACAAAAAAAGACCCAAAAAGUGAAAUCCUUUUAUUCUCAGGAUGCCGGUGGAUCCCGCCCACCACCGCCUCCUCCACGGGCGGGGGACGCGCUCCUUCUCCAGCCUCACCCGCUACGCCCCUCUCCCGUCCAGGGACGAGGGCGGGGGCGGCGGCGGAAGCACCGGCUCCACGCCCUCGCACAGUCCUGCCUUAAACGCCCCGGCUUCCAGGGGCGGCUCUCGAGCCGCCCACACCGAGGUCCGGUUGAGCAACGCCGGCCAGACGUCUGUCCACCUGAAGGGCGGCCUCUUGGCCGUCCCUCCCCCUUCCUCGGGUCGCACGCCCAUCGCCCGCCCGUGUAACAGACUUCGCAAUUCGAACAGCGCCCCUGGGGGGAGUACCACCAGGUACACGAAACUGGGGACGGUGAGCGAGGAAUCCACCGCCCUCACCUCCUCCUCCUCCUCCGCCCGCCACCACCACGGAGGCUCCGGGGGCGGCAUCCUGCGGGCGGUGACCUCCCGCGGGCGCGGUGGGUACGAGGACCUGCGGUGCAGGGGGACGGGCGGCGGGGGCGACGCCCCCGACAGCGGCGAUAGCUCGACGCAUUCCUCCCCCAGGGGCUCGCCGACCCAUUCCCGGAAGAAGCAUUCCGGGAUCCUCAUCACGUCCGCCAUCGCCAGAUCUGGAAUCAAGAGGCUCUCAAG